UCUCCAAGUGUCUCAGAAGAUACUACUGAACAAACACCAGUCAUGUCUGGAAUCAAAGGAGGCCGCAGCCACUGCCAUCAGAAGACUUACUGCCCAGAUCCAUGCCAUCCACAUGUUGUCUGCAAAGAUCCAUGUCACCCACAAGUUGUCUGCAAAGAUCCAUGCCAAUCAACCAUAUGCUGUGACCCCUGCCAACCUGCCCAUCAUUUGCAUUGCCAGACUGUGCAUUGUACCCAAAAAGUUUACUGUGACCCUUGCAAUCCCUGCCAACCUUGCCAGUUCUAUGGAAAGCGCUGAGUAUUCCCACCUUUUCAGUAGAACCUGAGCAUUCAUCAGUCCGGCAAAUGCCUUUACUUCUUCCAAUCCUCUACUGUUUGCUUAUCCUGUCAUAGCUCUCUUAGACCAAAUUGCUUGUCUCCUGGAUUGAACUAUCCUGUAGUCACUGUUACAUUAAAUUAUUUUACUUUGGCUCAA